AUGACACUCAAAGGGGAACACGUCGACAAUGUUUUCCUACAAAAGCUUGCGAAAAUCUCUGCCACAAUUGUGGAGGAAAGGAUCACUGGGCUACGAAAUGCCCCAAAGGAACUUGCAGAAUCUGCAGACAAGCCGGAUACCACACGUCCAUUUGCAAAGAACUCUUCAGCUUUCAGGAAGCCCGUCAAAAGCAUCCACUCCGAGAAGUACCACAGAAGCAGGGAACGAAGCCUCAACUACCCAAGGAAAGCUUCAGACGCAGUUUUUCACGUCAGCAACACAACGAACGUUCUCAUUCUGGCGGGACAAGCCAGAGUACUUAAUCCGACAACAAAAGCGUUAGAACCUGUCUACGUGAUUCUCGAUACAGGAACCGGCCGAUCGUUCAUCAGUAGCAGUUUGGCUGAGCGCCCCCAGCUGAAAGACGUAGAUUCCAGUCGUCUAAGCAUCGGCACCUUCGGCGCUCACAAGCCUUUCGAAAGGACUUGCGGCAUCACGGUUCUCCGCAUGUGGGAUGCUGAGGGAGUUCCACAUACGUCCACAGUUACGAAAAUCGAUACCGUUACAAAACCAUUAACAAGAAGCAGACUGAGUCAAGAGGACAAGCAGUUCCUGUUCGAAAAUGAUAUUCAUCUCUCCAUCAACCAUACUGUCGAGAAGAUCCUUCUUGGUUGCGCCGAUUUUUUCUCAUUCCUCAAGCAUGGACCAGGAGCUCAAGCAACACUCCCAUCCGGAUUGAAAGCAAUCCCCUCGAGACUGGGAUAUCUCAUAUCUGGACGAAGUGGCGAAGAGUUAGUCAACUCGGAAAGUUCGGUAGGAGUGGCCCAAACAAUAGCCUUAGAGGACAAAAAUAAUGAUUUUGCGCAGACUUGGGAACAGUUCUGUGAAUUCGAGAAGUCCGGAGUUAAGGAAUUUUUGGGUCCAAUAACGGAGAAACUGAAGCAGACAAAUGCAGAAAAGGAAGCAAGCGGACUUCCGGACAAUAAAUCUAUUGCAUACCGUCGUCAGCAAGCAAAUCUUUCUAGGCUUUGGAAGGAUCCCAAUCUACUGCAGCAGUACGACGACACGAUCAAGAGUCAACUCGAGCUGGGAAUCAUCGAAGAAGUUGCUGAGGAUUUAAUAGUCGAAGAAGGAGAAGUUGUGCGCUACUUAGCACAUCAAGCCGUUGUCACGCCGCACAAAGAAACUACCAGCGUUGUGUUCGACACUUCAGCACAUCUAAGCAAUUUCUCGUCGCUGAACGACGUUCUCUAUCAAGGACCAGUCAUUCUUCAAAAGAUGUGGGACAUCUUGCUCCGGUUUAGAUUUGGAGAUGUUGCCAUCAUCAGCAACGUCGAAAAAGCCUUUCUGCAAGUACGGCUGCAUCCCAAAGACAGAAAUGCAACAAGGUUCAUGUGGGUACGAGGCAUCCACCAACCACUCACUCGGGAGAAUCUAGUGUUUUUUUGGCUUCCAAGAGUGCCCUUUGGAUUGAACUGCUCUCCCUUUCUGCUUGCCGGAACCAUAGUGCAUCACCUAAGAACGCAUGUCGAAGACCAGCUUGCCAUGGAAAUCGAAGACAACACAUGUGUGGACAAUCUCGUCGUAACCAAAAGAUCAUCAGACGAAGGGUUGCGGUUUUACAACGACUCGAAAGUCGUUUUCAAGGAGCUCAAUAUGAACCUUCGCGAAUUUCAAUCCAACGAUAAGCAGUUGAAGAGACGAAUCACGUCCGCCGACCUAGCUGGGAAUGAUAAUCCGAGUCCUUGGAAUACUAUGGAACUUCGAGAAAGCUGA